GCAUCAGAUGCCGGCGCCAAGGCAGCUUCAAUGUCUGUUUCAUCCUUGACUUCUCCGAUGGCACUACCCGGCUUGUCAGGCUUCCCAUCGAACCAGCGGUCCAUGAUGUGUGGGACAAGGUACGCAGUGAGGUCUAUACCAUGCAAUAUGUGCGGGACCACACAAACAUUCCCAUCCCUCGAGUAUACGCAUACGGCCAUAGUCGACUCCGACAAGAUACCUCAGCGCAUCAAGUAUUCAUGAUCUUGGAUUACAUUGAUGGGGAGCCCCUGACGAAAAGAAUGCUUCGGGAUAGUUCGAGCGACUGCCGGCGUCAGUUUUUCGGAGAAGUCGUCGAUAUGUUUGCCCAACUACGAAGGCUCGAAUUCCCUCGAGGAGGCUCGUUGAUGCCGAACGCGACGGUUGGAAUCUGGGCCAGAUUACGGACGUUCAUGUUUCUCCGGGAAGAAUCCUUCACGCCUCAAUCAACCAUUGGUCUCGAAUUCGGACCGAAAAUCGUCGGUGCCUUUUCAAUGCGCAACAAUGAACUCCAGGUCGAUGGUUAUACAGCUCCACGCUUCAUAGCUACCACUGCAAAAGAGUUCUUCAGGGAGCAAUAUCGCUUGCUUCAAUACAUGUGGAAAAUGCCUUCCCAAGAACUUGGUCGAGAGGAGGCUGAGCGCGAAGAGUUUGCGCUUCAUGCCUUAAGCUUAGAGGAAGCUCAAAAGACUCUCGGGUUAAAGGCUGAUUCGUCAGGGGACUCGUUCUGUCUAUCACACCCUGAUCUCCGCGUUGAUAAUAUCAUCGUGGACGACAAGCUUCAUAUCCGCGGCGUUAUUGACUGGGAGUUCUCGGUUACAGUCCCACGGCACGCUUUUCUCCCCCCUUCAUGGAUAACUGGUCAUGACACUGGAUCAAUUGUUUCUAAACUUGAUUUCUUAUCUGAGUUCAUGAGCGUCCUGUCGUCGAGGAAACAUCUAUCGUCCAGUCACUCUCAGCUUGCGCAAGACUGGGAUUUUCGAGACGAUCUCAGGUUGCCGAUGGCUUAUAUAUUUCUAGAUCCGUCUGACCUCGUCUUGCUCUUCUACAGAUACAUCUAUCCCAGACUCUACAACGAACCUCGCGACAAGGUAAUCCCUAGUUUCUUCCAAAGUCCUGAGAAUAAGGAGCUGUUAGUGGGAUUGGUACGGCGAUUGCGUGCUUCUGAGCAGUACACUCAGUAUCUUAAGGACAACAACCUCUUUGACGACAAAGAAGAACCAGAAUGGCAACAAAUCCGUGAAUGGACCACGGAGACACAAAAGAAGCUACAGCAGUUACGUGAGUGGAGUAAUAAGACACAAGAUGAAUUAACACGCUUAGAUAGGGAACGAGCCGUGUAA